CCUAACGUUUCACAGACUGGUAACGUAAGCUGCUCUGCAGAAUAACUUCUGUGGCUGGAAAUUUAAGGUCGGAAAUAUUGCACUGCUACACAACUACUCACGUCUGCGAAAAGUCCCAGAUCGACAAACCAGAAAUGAGUUCGCAAAUCCGACAAAACUUCCACCAGGACUGCGAGGCUGCCAUUAACAGACAGAUAAACCUGGAGCUGUAUGCCUCCUAUGUUUAUCUCUCUAUGGCCUACUACUUUGAUAGGGAUGAUAAAUUCCUGCCAAAUUUUGCAAAGUUCUUUCGCGCACAGUCCAAAGAGGAGAAUGAACAUGCAGAGAAGCUGAUGAGUCUGCAGAACAAGAGGGGAGGCAGGAUUUUUCUGCAGGACAUCAGAAAACCUGAUAGAGAUGAGUGGGGGAGCGGCCUGGAGGCUUUGGAGUGUGCCCUGCAGCUGGAGAAAAGCGUAAACCAAUCUCUGCUGGACCUGCAAAAAAUGGCAACUGAUCACAACGAUCCUCAUAUGUGUGACUUCAUAGAAACACAUUUUCUGGAUGAGCAGGUGAAAUCUAUCAAACAGCUCGCUGACUGGAUCUCAAACCUGCGUCACAUGGGAGCCCCUCAGACUGGCAUGGCCGAGUACCUCUUUGACAAACACACCAUGGCUGAAGAAGGCAGUUAAACUACAGUGUGACACUGAUCAUCCUGCUCACCUCUGCAUGCAAGCCUGCCCCCAAAUCCUGUACAUGCACUACAUAUGUUUGCAAAAGCCAUAUAUAGCUCUCUAAACUGGAUUACUCCAGACCUCACUUGAUGUUACAUUCCAGUUUACAAACUAUCAUAGAUGUGUUUUGUAGAAAUAAAAACUGAACAGACCUUUAUUUAUUGCUUAUUAUGUGUUCAUACUUAUAUAUGUCACUGAUCGUGGUAUGGUGGCUAAAACAACAAUUUAAUGUCUGCACUGCAAUUUGAAAUCAGCUUUUUAAAAUAUUUUCUUCUCUUUGAGCAGUAAGUGUAUGGAGGCUGGACUGUGCCACUAGAACAUUUAAAGGCUUUUAUAAUAUGUAAAAUCACAAUGACAUGGAAAUGAAUUCAAUACUUUAAAAGUGGAUUUGAAAAUAACUUCAAAGCACACUUUUUGUUACUCCAUGUAUUGUUGUAUGUGUCUUAUGAUAUUCCAUCCCACUGCUUCCACAUUUGUCUCCUGAUAUUAGCAUUUACAGUUUAUGUUUUUCCACUCUUAGCCAGUGUGUCACAUAAAAAAUAAUUUAGGUCUAACCCAACCUGGGGGUUGACUCCUGUCUAACCUUUUUAUCUUUUUUUUUUGUUGUUGUGAAUGCUGGAUACUUUUACCUCUCUUGAAAUGGCCCUAGAAAGAACAAUUGCUCUUUGGUUUAACUGUUAACAAUUCCUGUCCAUACAAAGGCCAUGCCUCUGUUUUAACAAACAUUGGGAAGCACUGCUGUAGAAUCACUUUAUGUACACCAUAUAUCAUUCCUGUUACAGACAGCUGCUGUUUUUGUGUUUUGGAUCCCUAAUUUUAAGUCCUGGUACAGUGGUUGCAUGUCUUUAAAUAGAAUGAAAUGAAAGUAAAGAGCAAAGCAAAAACAAGUAAUUUGGAGACACAUUAGUAAAUAGAAUAGUCCAUAAUUUAAAAACAAUAUCAUUAAAAUGAAUUUAUCGGCCCAUUUAGUUAUAAUUUAACUGAUUUGUACGUUCUUUUGUGAGUUUCAUUUAAAUUCAUGUUCGAUGUCCCUCUUUGUUGUUUUUUUUUACUGAUACACUCGAAAAAAAUCACCAAAUUGAUAAUUAACCGAGGUUAUGAAUUACAGAGGUUAGAAAUUAAAGUAUUAGUCUCAAAGAUCUCAGUUUCUUAUCUUUGGUGACACCUACUUGUAUCACUAACUCUGUGUUAGUGACUCGUGUUCCUUGUCAUUUUGCGAGUGAGUCAUACCAGACUCCCAGUUCAUAAAACUAAAAUGCAAGGACUUCUACAGUAUAUAAUGUCAACAUUGGAUCAUAGGUUCAGUCGCCAUUGUGUUACCUCAUUCUGCGACAGUGACUUAAAAGACACUUAUUUAAAUGCAAAUCUUUGAGAUUGCCACUUUAAGAUGGCACACUUAACCCUCCAUAUGUCGUAUAGGCACAUAGUAUUCAUGUCAAACUGCCUGUCAGUGAGUGUACCCAUGAAAUACAGAGUGGCUCCUUUAAAUGCGCCAGUUGUAUGAGGUGAAUUGCUCAUGUUUUGUGGGUUAACUGCAGAUGGCGACUCAGUAAGGCGACUGUACAGUAACUUCUUUAAAUUAAUUCUAAUGUUAUCUGGGCACACUGAUGUAGAUAAGCAGGUGAAAGCCAUACAAAUGUUUCCUCAGCUAUUUCAUUGUUGGACAGAUUGCCUCUCUCUGCAGAUGCUUUAUAUAAGAUGUUUUAUGAAUAUACGUUGGUGUGAAUUAUACAGUAUCCUUGAAUAAUAAGAAAA